GCUUGUACCAAAACAGCAUAUGUGUGGGCGGGGCUUACACACGCACCCGGUGACAUCACGCAUCUUACGUAGAGACAAUGUCCGUUCAUUUGCGCCAUGAAACAGCGGUGCAGAUCACGUUUCGAAAUGAAGGUGUGAAGAACAACGCACAGGAGAUUUAAGACGUUGAUGUGUUUAUUCUCGCCUGCGUUUGAGUCCAUUCGUGCAGUAUGUCUGUGUCCAGCACCCCCACCAGUAAUGAUGCCUGUCUAAGCAUCGUUCACAGCCUCAUGUGCCAUCGACAGGGUGGAGAGAGCGAGUCUUUUGCCAAGAGAGCCAUAGAGAGUUUGGUGAAGAAGCUGAAAGAGAAGAAAGAUGAGUUAGACUCUCUGAUUACUGCCAUCACUACGAAUGGAUCUCACCCCAGUAAAUGUGUGACUAUACAGCGCACGCUAGAUGGCAGACUACAGGUGGCUGGUCGUAAAGGAUUUCCUCAUGUAAUGUAUGCUCGACUGUGGCGAUGGCCAGACUUGCACAAGAAUGAACUUAAACACAUGAAAUACUGUCAGUUUGCCUUUGACCUCAAAUGCGACAGUGUUUGUGUGAACCCGUACCACUACGAAAGAGUCGUGUCCCCUAGCAUUGAUCUGUCUGUACUUACACUAGGUGGCCCAGGCCCAAGUGGAGAACUGAUGGUGAAGGAUGAAUUUGAGGGUCAGUCGUCUCAUUCUGCUGCUGAUGGUGGUCACAGUAUUCAAACUAUCCAGCACACUGCUGCCUCCUCUGCCCCGACUGACACUUUCAACAGCCCCGUCCAACUGCCCCCAACUGACUCUGCAAGCUCCGCCUCUACCUCUGCAUUCACCAGUAUGGUGGUCGGACCAACAAAUGUCCCCAGCUCCUGGCCAAGAGGAAGCAGUUUCCCCUCCAGUAUCCCACAUCAGAACGGCCACCUACAGCAUCAUCCGCCACUGCCCCAUACCGGCCAGUACUGGUCAGUGCAUAGUGAACUGGCUUUCCAACCUCCAAUUUCCACCCAUCCAGCUCCAGAUUACUGGUGCUCUAUUGCGUACUUUGAGAUGGAUAUUCAGGUAGGCGAGACUUUUAAGGUGCCGUCCAACUGUCCCAUCGUAAUGGUGGAUGGUUAUGUGGACCCAUCAGGUGGAGAUCGCUUCUGUCUUGGGCAACUGAGUAACGUUCACCGCACAGAGGCAAUAGAGAGAGCCAGGCUUCACAUUGGUAAAGGAGUUCAGCUGGAGUGUAAAGGAGAGGGGGAUGUGUGGGUGCACUGUCUCAGUGAUCAUGCUGUGUUUGUCCAGAGUUAUUAUCUGGACCGGGAGGCUGGACGAGCUCCGGGAGAUGCUGUCCACAAAAUUUACCCCAGUGCUUACAUCAAGGUGUUCGAUUUACGCCAGUGUCAUCGGCAGAUGCAGCAGCAGGCAGCUACUGCUAAGGCUGCAGCAACUGCGCAGGCGGCUGCAGUGGCGGGAAACAUCCCAGGCCCGGGGUCAGUGGGCGGCAUCGCUCCUGCUAUCAGUCUGUCUGCUGCGGCGGGUAUCGGCGUGGACGACCUGCGGCGUCUCUGCAUCUUGCGCAUGAGUUUCGUGAAGGGCUGGGGACCAGACUACCCUCGCCAGAGCAUCAAAGAGACGCCGUGCUGGAUCGAGAUCCAUUUACACCGGGCUUUACAGCUCCUGGACGAGGUUCUGCACACCAUGCCUAUUGCCGACCCGCACCCUCUGGACUAAUGCUGAAACACUUAUAUCAUCCAACCUUAUAAGAAUACAUACAGCUCAAAACGACUCAACUGACUUUCUGCAGCAGCUCGACAGAGUUGUUACGUCAUCUCUAUCGGAACGUUAAAAAACCAGCAAUAGUACAAACACUAACUCUUUUGUUUCAAACAGUACUGUAUAUCAAAACACCGCAAAAUUACACCUUUUUAAAAACUCAUUACUAGACUAUGAAGUUUGAUGAUCAAACAGGACCCUAAAUACUUAUACAGAGCUCUCUUUGGGGUCAGAAUGGAGAAGUUCAGAGACUUGCAUUAUAUUGUAUUUUAUCAAAUUGUGUCAUGAGUUUACUGCCAUAAACAUACAGUGGUCACGUACACACUACAGCUAAAUAUUGUUGUCACUCCUUGUAAUCUCGUUCUGUACACACAUUGGCCUUUUUUAAGAAAUACAAGCACAACGAAUUUGGAAUUUUGUAAAUUGUGCGUAAAACCAUUCAUAUGUAAAUUGCAGCAGGGAAUUGAGUGCAACAUUUCAGGUAAAAAUAAUAUUUUUAAGCAUGGUUUACUCUGGAUUACAUAAAUUGUUGCGUUAAUGAAAUAAAAAAGAAAAACAUUUGUUCAGUUAGGGUUUCAUGUUACAUUCUAACGUAAAUUGUUCAGUAAAGUUCAGUUAUUUAUGGUAAUGACUACUGCACGGCACUUAACAACCGGAUUUCGAGUUUUGUAAAUUGUGCAUAAAACAUUUAUGUAAAUUGCUGCACUAAAUUGAGUGCGACAUUUCAGGUAAGAAUAGUUUUACGAACGAUUUACACUGGAUUACACAAAUUGUUGCUUUGAAUUCAGCAUGAAAAUGUAUGUAAGAAUGUUUUUUACUAACAAUUUACACAGAAAUUCGUUCAGCUAGUGUUUCAUGUAUGAGGCCCAAAGUUCAGUUCUGUAUGGUAAUGACAGCUGCAUUUAACAACCGAAUUUCUAGUUUUGUAAAUUGUGCGUAAAACUUAUCUUAUUCAAAAUGCUGCAGUGAAUUGAAUGCAACAUUUUUGGUAAGAAUAGUUUUAUGAACGAUUUACACUGAAUAGCAUAAAUUGUUGCUUUCAAUUAAACUAGACAAUUUAUGUGUGAUUUUUUUUUUUUUUUUUU